UCUGUACCGCCCCGCUAUGGAUGAGCUUCGGAACAGCGCGGCGCUGCUGAGGCGCGGGCGGGGGAGGCGCCGGCGCCAGCCGCAGCCGCGCGGCGGGUCGGUCUUAGCCCUACCCUUGCGGCCCCGGAAGAUCCGAAGGCACCGGAGAAGUGCGGCGUCCCGCGUGGCCGCGCUCAGGGCUCGCGCGCUGCCGAGCGAGGACUCGGACUCGAAGGUGGAGUCGAGCGCGGGCGCGCGGGAGGAGCCCGCAGAGCGGCGGGAGGGCUCGCGGUUGGCUGAACCGGUGCCGGUGCCAGUGCCGGUGCACCCGAGACCCGCUUUGGCGUCCUUGCCGCGCCGCCUGCUGGAGCGAGCCGGACUGUCCCGGGACCAGGGGAGCCCCGCUCCGCUGCCGGGCCCGCACGUGGAUGACCGGGAGCGGCCCGGGGAUUCGCCGCUUCGGCAGGUGUUGGCGGAGCUGAACGGCAUCCCCAGCAGCCGGAGGCGCGCCGCCCGCCUCUUCGAGUGGCUUCUGGCGCCCCUGCCUCCGGACCACUUCUACCGGCGGCUGUGGGAGCGGGAGGCGGUGCUGGUGCGGCGGCAGGACCACGGCUAUUAUGAAGGUCUGUUCUCUACCGCCGACCUGGACUCCAUGCUGCGCUACGAGGACGUGCACUUCGGGCAGCACCUGGAUGCCGCUCGCUACGUCGACGGGCGGCGGGAGACCUUGAACCCACCGGGCCGCGCUCUUCCCGCCGCCGCGUGGUCCCUGUACCAGGCCGGCUGCUCCUUGCGCCUUCUCUGCCCGCAAGCUUUCUCGCUCACCGUGUGGCAGUUUUUGGCUGUGCUCCAGGAACAGUUUGGAAGCAUGGCAGGCUCCAACGUCUACCUCACGCCUCCCAACUCACAGGGCUUUGCUCCCCACUAUGACGACAUUGAGGCUUUCGUGUUGCAGUUGGAAGGUCGGAAACUCUGGCGUGUCUACCGACCACGGGACACAAGUGAGGAGUUGGCCUUGACAUCUAGCCCCAACUUGAGCCAGGAGGACCUUGGUGAGCCGGUACUGCAAACGGUGCUGGAGCCAGGAGACCUGCUCUAUUUCCCCCGAGGCUUCAUUCAUCAAGCCGAAUGUCAGGAUGGUGUCCACUCUCUGCAUCUCACCUUGUCCACCUACCAGCGCAACACAUGGGGCGACUUCCUGGAGGCUGUAGUGCCUCUAGCAGUGCAGGCAGCAGUAGAGGAAAAUGUGGAGUUUCGCAGGGGCCUGCCUCGAGACUUCAUGGAUUACAUGGGGGCCCAGCAUUCAGACUCUAAGGACCCCAGACGAACAGCUUUCAUGGAAAAGGUGCGGGUUUUGGUUGCACGCCUGGGACACUUCGCUCCUGUCGAUGCUGUGGCUGACCAGAGAGCCAAAGACUUCAUCCAUGAUUCUCUGCCCCCUGCGUUGACUGAUAGGGAGCGGGCACUAAGUGUUCAUGGGCUCCCAAUUCGCUGGGAGGCUGGAGAACCCGUAAAUGUGGGAGCCCAGUUGACAACAGAAACAGAAGUCCAUAUGCUUCAGGACGGCAUAGCCCGGCUGGUGGGUGAGGGAGGCCGUUUGUUCCUUUACUACACGGUGGAAAACUCCCGUGUUUAUCAUCUAGAGGAACCCAAGUGCUUGGAAGUCUACCCCCAGCAAGCCGAUGCCAUGGAACUCUUGCUUCGCUCCUACCCAGAGUUUGUGAGAGUCGGGGAUCUGCCCUGUGACAGUGUGGAAGACCAGCUUUCCUUGGCCACCAUGUUGUAUGAUAAGGGGUUGCUGCUCACCAAGACACCUCUCGUUCUGAGUUAGUUU